AAGAGAGGUCGCCCGGCCCCGCCCCGCCCCGCCCCAACCCCAGCCACCGCCACCGAAGCCGCCAAAACACCACCCCAUCCGCCAGAAGCCUCCUCUGUCUCCCUCCCUCAUCGACGCUGAUAGCCGCGCCGUGAGCGGCGUAACCAAGCAGGAGCCCCUCGCCGUCGCCCUCACAUCCACAGGAGGUUCGUUGCCCCGGCUUGCCCCCUCCCCGGUUGGGAUCCCCGAUUCAGCCGCCAUUUGAUUUGAUUUGGCGCGGAAGUUUCAGUCCUUAAUUCCUAUGGCCGCCUCCAUUGCCGUCUCGGCCUUCUUCCCGGGGUCGCCGGCGCCGGCUGCGCCUAAGAACGCCCUCGGGGAGCGCCCGGACAGCCUGGACUUACGCGGCGUCGCCGCGAAGCCGGGUUCCUCGUCAGGUGCCGUGAGGGCCGGGAAGACACGCGCCCACGCCGCCGUACCAAAGGUGAACGGCUGCAAGCCGGCGGUGGCAGACGGGGACCACGAGACGGUUCCCUCCUCGGUGCCGAGGACGUUCUACAACCAGCUCCCCGACUGGAGCAUGCUCCUCGCGGCCAUCACGACCAUCUUCUUGGCGGCCGAGAAGCAGUGGACACUGCUGGACUGGAAGCCCAAGCGGCCCGACAUGCUCACGGACACGUUUGGCUUCGGCCGGAUCAUACAUGACGGCUUCAUGUUCAGGCAAAACUUCUCCAUUAGGUCCUAUGAGAUUGGGGCCGAUAGGACGGCGUCCAUAGAGACGCUGAUGAACCAUUUGCAGGAAACUGCUCUUAAUCAUGUGAAGACCGCCGGGCUGCUAGGUGAUGGAUUCGGCUCCACACCUGAGAUGAGUAAACGAAACUUGUUCUGGGUGGUUAGCCAAAUGCAGGCCAUCGUCGCUCGUUAUCCAUGCUGGGGAGAUACUGUUGAAGUAGAUACGUGGGUUGGUGCUCAUGGCAAAAAUGGUAUGCGUCGAGAUUGGCAUAUACGUGAUUCUAUAACAGGCCACACAAUAUUGAAGGCAACAAGUAAAUGGGUUAUGAUGAACAAGCUUACUAGGAAGCUGGCAAGAAUUCCAGAUGAAGUGCGGACUGAAAUAGAGCCAUACUUUUUUGAGUGUUCUGCUAUUGUUGAUGAAGACAACCGAAAACUUCCAAAACUGCCAGAGGAUCAAAGCGCUACUGCAGCCAAAUAUGUCCGGGCAGGCUUGACUCCUCGGUGGGCUGAUCUUGAUAUAAAUCAGCAUGUCAAUAAUGUUAAAUACAUCGGUUGGAUUCUUGAGAGCGCACCAAUCUCCAUUUUUGAGAAUCAUGAACUAGCGAGCAUUGCGCUAGAUUACAGAAGGGAGUGCGGCCGGGAUAGUGUGCUGCAGUCACACACCACCGUGCACACUGAUUGCUCCAGUGAGUCUGGAGAAACAACCUUGCACUGUGAGCAUUUGCUGAGCCUUGAAUCAGGUCCGACCAUUGUGAAGGCCCGGACCAUGUGGAGGUCGAAGGGAACCAAGGCCCAAGAAACAGUGGCUUCAUCUUCACUGUGAAGUGUGCGAGAUGUUCUGAAUGGUGAUUUUGGCAGCAAACAAAUUGGUAAAAUCAGAUGGUUACUGGUGUCCUCUACUGGAAGCACACAGGGCAGACAUGGAUGUUAUGCUAUAAUCUCAUAACAGCGUGCAACCUAAGUUAUUUUAAAUAUACAGCGUGUGAAAAUGGAGGAGAUAUAAGGGGACAACAAUGCAGGAGACAAGAAGUGAAGAUCGAAGAUGAAGGAGGCCUCCUGUGCAUGUUCUGUUAUUUCAAAAUUUCCUACCCUCUUUUCUUUGAGAAAUUCUUCGGUUACACGAAUGGGUGUUGUAAGUAUUGAUUUGUAGUGUAGCUACUGCUUUAUGAUGGGGAGUGAGUGCUCCCCACACAUAUUCGUUCUGGGGCAAUGUGCAUAUGUUGUGAGCCCCUUGAAAGCAAUUUGUCUCGGCUAUACUUUUAAAGAAUUUCAUGCCCGUAUAUUGUACUGAUUGAUAUUCAAUUUGAGAUUUCCAAGUUUCUUC